GCUCAGCCCCACAACGGCCAUGGCUUCCAAUAACUUAAUCUUCUUCCUCUUGCCCUCUCUCGCUCUCCUGCAAAUGGUUUCCGCCGUUGAGUACACUAUCACCGGCAACGCCGGCGGCACUCCCGGCGGCGUUCGCUUCAACAACGAAAUCGGAGCGAUUUACAGCCGGCAGACGCUGGAAGCCGCCACUAAUUUUAUCUGGAACAUUUUCAGGCAAAGCACCGCCGCCGACCGGAAGAACGUGCAGACGGUCACCCUGUUCAUCGACAGAGACUACAACGGAGUGGCGUUCGCUGACAACAAUCAGAUUCACAUCAGCGCAAGCUAUAUCGCCGGCUACGGCGGCGAUUUGAAGAGGGAGAUAACAGGAAUACUGUAUCACGAAAUGACCCAUGUGUGGCAGUGGAACGGAAACCCAUCGGCGCCGGGGUGGGUGAUCGAAGGGAUCGCCGAUUACGUACGGCUGAAGUCAGGGUAUAUUCCGGGGCACUGGGUGAGGCCCGGCGGCGGGAGAAGUUGGGAAGAAGGGUACGACAAGACGGCGAGGUUUUUUGAGUAUUUGGAUGGGCGGAGGAGUGGGUUCGUGGCGGAGCUGAACCGGAGGCUUAGAACCGGCUACUCUCCCGAUUACUUUGUGCAGCUGCUGGGGAAGCCGGUGAAUCAACUGUGGGCGGAAUACAAGGCGGCAUUUGGAAAUCCAAAAUAAUUACCAUCGACUCUUGUUCAAUUUUAAUAUUUAUAAUUAAGGAAUAAGAUCCACAUAAUUAGUUAUUGCUUAUUUCAAUAUUAUAUAUUUUUGUGUGCAAUGGUUUUGAAAUAUAAAUGAAAAUAAAAACUGGGUGUUGUGUUGGCCCUACCCGAA